AUGACUGCCCACUAUAACCAGAACAUUUCCAGAGAGAUUGGUCUUCUCUUCUUUCACAUGAGCCACCACCUUCUCCUCACGAAGUUUCUCGGCCUGCACCCACUCCUUGACCUCGAGACUGCUGAGAAUUUCAUGAGUGAUAUGCAUGAAACCGAGAGAAAAUCCGGAAAUCGAUGGAAUAAAGUUGCCGCGCAGCUCAGGGAAGCCUUGGACGGGCAAGUAGCGAGUGAGGUCGGAGAAGACAUCAUCUGCAAUGAGCGGUUGGUCAAGCGCAACACCGAUAUGAUUGCAUCAAAGCUCGCCGACAACUAUUGGAAAAUAUUGGCACAUGCAGAGAAGCAGGUCUUGGAACUAUGUGCGGCCAAAACCGGAGUAACGUUCAUGGAGAUACUCGACGCCCACACCAAGGCAUUCAAAGACCGUGACAGAGAUGCAUUCCAAGUCGUCAAGCGCAUCGGGAAAAAGCACCGCGAGACUGUCAUGAUGUUCAAGCACGCAUCGGAUUCCUCCAAGUCACACAACAUCAAACUGGCCAACAAACCCAAUGAAGAUGAUGUCACGCUCAACCACCAACCUUCAACUCACAAUCUCAAGAUUGUGAACACUCUGAUUGACCGACUCUCUGCGAUGAGAAAGGAGCAAGGCCUCGAGGCCCUGGCGAUGAGAUGCGCCAAGUCUACCACGAUAGGUAUACUUGUCGCGUGGGGGGUUGAUUCCAUCUAUAUUGAAGAAGAUCAUCUAGCGGUAAGCCUGGAAAAGAUUCGGCUCCUGUAUCAGAUCGGACACCAGCGGAUCAUUCAGCAUUGCAAGGAGAAGGUUCAGGUGUUCUCCGAGGAGAGGAGUCGAGGCGGUCAGCCAGUCACCUGUUCCCAGCUCGUGCAAUAUACCAUUCAAAUCUGUGGGAACAUGGAGAGGCAGACCGCACAAGAUAACGGGAGAAUUCAUUCUGACAUCGUGUCGGACGGACUGGGUUGGAGCAAAGUCACGAAGAAUCAAGACCAGGUCACAGUCCCUGACAGGGAUGUGAGCGGAACAGUGGCGACGGGACGAGAAGAGUGUCAGGAAACGGCAUGUGGGUCAGCAUUUGCAUACUCUUGGCCAUAA